AUGUAUGAAGAGGAUUGCAAUAUUUGCGUUUGCAACGAUGCUGGAACUGAAUAUGCAUGCUCUCGAUUAGAUUGUGAUAAUUUAGAGUGUAAACCAUGCAGUACUUACAUGGAUGAUUGUAACACAUGUCAUUGUAAUCGAUUGGGAACUGCAGGAGCUUGUACAUUAAUGAAUUGCAAUUUUUGCGUUUGCGACAAUGCUGGUACUGAAUAUGCUUGCACUAGAUUAGAUUGUGUUAACUUGGAAUGUGUUCCAUGCUCUGAAUUCAAAAAUAAAUGUAACGAAUGCAAAUGCAAUCGAUAUGGAACUCUAUAUGCUUGCACAGAAAUGUACUGUCCUGAUUGA